AUGUUGAUGGGGACGUUAGUUGUUGGCAUAGAACAGUUAUCCACGGAACCGGCGUCGGCGGGAGACGAUGGAAACGGGAGCGUCGUACGUACGACGACGACGUCCUCAUCGACGGUGGUAGCGCCACCGGCAGCGGCGAGAUCGAUGAAGCCAGGGGAGGCGGUCGCACAAGUUGCCGAUGCUUCUUCCUCUUCCAUGGAUUUUGAUUUGAAGCAAGUGCUCAUCGAGGCGAGUCAAUCGGCUCCGGCGACGGAAUCGAGCGAGGCGAAAGAGAAGGCGGCGAGAGAUAAGAAACAGAAAGCGGCAGACGCAAAAGCCGUCGCGGAGAAGAAGAGGGCGGAAGCGAAGGUGGUUGCCGAAGCGAAGAAACGUGAAGCGGCGCAGAGGAAAGCGGCAGUGAUGCCGAAACAAAACAGCGAAAGCGCGAAAGAGAGAGCGCAAAGAGCUCGAGAGAUUACACAAGCGAAGAUUGAGGCGGAUAAAGCGGCCAAGGCGAAAAUGCAGGCGGCGAAUCAAGCGAAAGCGGAGGCGAGGAAACAAGCGCAGUCGAGCUCAAUUGGGCAACCGCGUGAAUCGGAAAAGGAUAAGAUUGCUCGAGUCAACGCGCAAUUGAAGAAGAAGCCGGAGGCGGCAAAACCAAAGCCAGUGACCACGGAAACGCCUGCUCCCGUGGCUCCGGCACCAUCUCUUGCCGUUGAAGCCAAGAAACCGGCGGCCGCGGCGUUCAAAAUGCCGUCCAUGCCAAAAAUAUCGACGCCGUCGGCGCCGAAACCGACUUUUGAUGCCUCUGCGGCCAAGGCAAAGAGAGACGCGGAGAACGCCAAGAAAGCCGAGGACGCUAAGAAGAAAGCAUCGACCCCGGUCGUCGUCGCUGCUCCUGCGCCAGCAACUCCCUCUACCGGUGGUUUGUCCGCGCCAGUGCUCGGAAACAAGAAAGCCACGAAGUCCCCGCCGCCUCCGCCGGCUUCCACCACGGAUAUUGAAAAGGCGAAAGAGGCUGAAAAGAAGCAACUCGAAGACGCGCUCGAGGCGAAAUUACAAGCUGUGCGUGUGCAAAAAGGUAAGAAGGUUGAAACUACCACCACUACUCCGGCGAUCGUGAAGAGAGCAUCACUUGCUGCUCCGGCUCCGGUCAAACCCGCCACACCGACGAAAUCCGUUCAUGCACCCGCACCCAAGGUUGUGGAAAAGAAAAUUGAAACGCCAAAACCGGUUGUAGCGCCUUCUUCGUCGACCAGCGGAGACGACUUUAGCAUCGAUUUCGGUUCCUUCUUCUCGGAGUACAUGCAAUCCACGCCAGCUUCGAUGAAGAAAGUCGAAGCGCCGAAGCCAGUCGUCGUUGAGACACCGAAGCCAGUUCUCGUUGAGACGCCGAAACCAGUCGUCGUUGAGACACCGAAGCCGGUGGUUAUUGAAGCGCCGAAACCUGUGGUUGCUGCUCCUUCUUCGUCCUCCUCUGAUGACCUCUCCAUCGACUUUGGCUCGUUCUUUUCUCAAUACAUGGAAUCAUCGCCGGCACCAGUAAAGAAGGAAAAGAAGGAAAAGGCACCGGCUCCGUCCAAGAAAGUCUCGGCGAAACCUUCUUCUGCGGAGAAGCGCAAGCUCGGUCUCGGCAAGGCGAACUUUUCAAACAUGCCGAGAUCCGCACCGAAACCGAAAAAGGAAAGAACAGUCAUCGAGAAAGUAAAACCAACGUAUACGUUUCAACGAACGGGCCCAGCUGAUAAGGAAGGAUUCAAAUCCGCAGACAGGCCGUACUUGAAAUCCGCCGCGCCGACGAAGAAGCAAAGUUUAGUCACGGCCAUCGCCGGUGGCGUCGGCGUUUUGAUCACCUUCGUCGCGACGAGAGAUCCGAAAUACAAAAACGGCCAAAUUGAUAUCUCGAAGACUUCGAACGGUAAGGUCGAUUUCCCGGAACGAACGUUUGAAAAGAAGAAAUGGGGCGGCGACGGCGUACCGAAGACGCCGGCGCCGAGGAAGAAGCUUUUCGCCAAGAAAGAAACGACGACAACCGCGCCAAAAACAACCACAUCGGUCUCCGUCGUCGAUAACGCUGCAGAUGCCGGAAAAUGGAUCGACGCGUGGAAGAAAAACAGCACCACCGGCGGUGGCGGCGACAGUUCCUCUGCCGCCUCCGAGGCCUCCAAAUGGAUCGAAGGUUGGUCGCAGUGGAGUAAAGACCAAGUCGGCGGCGACGCGACUGCGCCGACGGAAGCGACUGCGGACGGACGAGACUCCGCGGAAAAAUGGAUCGCGCAGUGGAAAGCGGACGGGUCCCCGACCGACGAAUCGCGCAAAGGCGACGCUAAGAAGUGGAUCGACGAUUGGAAGAACAAAACAAACUAA